AUGGCUGCAUGCCGAACAGAAUACUGCCGAAGUUGUAGAGCUCUGAUAGUGGGGAACAAGGAAACGGGGUGGGGCCCGGGGGGGGGAGGGUCCUCAUCCUCAACCGGUCAGUACCUCUUCCCUCAGUUCCUCCCUCAGUUCCUCCCUCAGUUCCUCCCUCAGUUCCUCCCUCAGUCCCUCCCUCAGUUCCUCCCUCAGUUCCUCCCUCAGUUCCUUCCUCCCUCAGUCCCUCCCUCAGUUCCUCCCUCAGAUCCUUCUCCCUCAGUUCCUCCCUCAGUCCCUCCCUCAGUUCCUCCCUCAGAUCCUUCUCCCUCAGUUCCUCCCUCAUUCCUCCCUCAGUUCCUCCCUCAGUUCCUCCCUCAGUUCCUCCCUCAGUUCCUCCCUCAGUUCCUCCCUCAGUUCCUCCCUCAGUUCCUCCCUCAGUUCCUCCCUCAGUUCCUCCCUCAGUUCCUCCCUCAGUUCCUCCCUCAGUUCCUCCCUCAGUUCCUCCCUCAGUUCCUCCCUCAGUUCCUCCCUCAGUUCCUCCCUCAGUUCCUCCCUCAGUUCCUCCCUCAGUUCCUCCCUCAGUUCCUCCCUCAGUUCCUCCCUCAGUUCCUCCCUCAGUUCCUCCCUCAGUUCCUCCCUCAGUUCCUCCCUCAUUCCUCCCUCAGUUCCUCCCUCAGUUCCUCCCUCAGUUCCUCCCUCAGUUCCUCCCUCAGUUCCUCCCUCAGUUCCUCCCUCAGUUCCUCCCUCAGUUCCUCCCUCAGUUCCUCCCUCAGUUCCUCCCUCAGUUCCUUCCUCCCUCAGUUCCUCCCUCAGUUCCUCCCUCAGUUCCUCCCUCAGUUCCUCCCUCAGUUCCUCCCUCAGUUCCUCCCUCAGUUCCUCCCUCAGUUCCUCCCUCAGUUCCUCCCUCAGUUCCUCCCUCAGUUCCUCCCUCAGUUCCUCCCUCAGUUCCUCCCUCAGUUCCUCCCUCAGUUCCUCCCUCAGUUCCUCCCUCAGUUCCUCCCUCAGUUCCUCCCUCAGGUCCUUCCUCCCUCAGUCCAAGGUGGGUGGUUCGGCUUGGUUUAG